AUGCAUAACUUCUUUAGCAAACUUCACCUCCUGUCCUGCCGCUGCCCUCCGCCCGCCCGGCGCCCACCGGGUCACCCCCUCCACUGUGUGCCUGCCUUGGGCCGGGGUCACCCCGCUGCCCCUGCGACUCUCCUCCACCCUCUUCCCAGCGAACUGCUCAGCCAGCGUCGCGUGCAUUUACCACCUCGGUUUUACAUCGCCCCGAAGAGGCAGUAUGCGAUCAGGCAGGCUCACUGUUCGUCCCUGGGGGUCCGUCCCUUGCUGUCCUGGGGGAGCCCUCCGAAGAAGCAACUGGUGCUCCGGACCUUCGGCCACCAAGGAAGCGUAAAGAUCCCUCCUCCAGGGCGCAAAUGGACUCUCCCUUUGCCACUCAAGCAGGUAGUCAGUCCUGUGAAACCAGUGGCGUCCAGUCACCCCCCACGUCCUUGCCCAAAGGAGACUGAGCAGAGUGUCCUAGGAGAGUCCAGGAAAGGGAAAGGGAAGGAUAAGGACAAUCAGAGCCCCCACAGCAUUAGCAGUGCACCUUCUGCAUCUAGGCCCCUGGAGACCAAUGGAGCCGUCACUUCCUCCUGGCACAUUCAUGGGCCUCUGAAGGGAACCCUCCACCACAAGGACCCAGAAAACAGCAAAGCCCAGGUGUCACCUGGGAGCUCAUUCACCGAAGACUGUGCCACCGCCAGCUCAUGCAGCUCUGCUGGAGGUGCCCUGACCCUUGAGAAACCUGAUCCAGAUACAACAGGGCCCUCUGGCCUGUCCAAGAGAUCUGCAGAGUCAACAAAGAAAGGGCUGGAGGAAGGCCAUCAGCCCAGGUCUCCAGGCUCCCUGGGGUCAGGGAAAGAGAAGGAGGCGGAAAAGCCUUCAGGCAUUCCAUCCAGCACAUCUGCCUGUCAUAGACCCUGUAAACGGAGACUGCUGCUGGUACCACUGCCUGGGGAUCUAGGUGAGCUGCCCCCACCUCCUAAGCUCCCUCGUAAAGCCGUCUCUGAAGACCUAUGCUUGAAGAAGACAGCUGAGCUUCAACGGAAUCACACAGCCUUGGAGGACAAAACAGAGGCCACAUCAGACUGCAGUGCCACUCAAUCUACCAGGCCUUCCUCCCUGUCUGCUGUGACCACCACAGACUCCCUCUCUUGUACCACUUCCACUCUGCCGAUCCCAACAAUGUCGUCCACUGACUUUACCAGCCUGUCUACCAGCCCACCCAUCCUGUGCUCCCCUAGACCAUCCCUGGCACGAGAGACUGGUCUUGAAGAAAGAGGCAAAAAGCCUAACACUCCUUCUUUGGCUGUUCCAUCUAAAUCUUGCUCUUCCUUAACAUCCAAUCCCAUUUUGGGAGGUGCACUCAGUAAUGAGAAUGGUGGUUCUCUCUGUUUCUAUCCCUUAGUCCCUGAUGUAGCACCUUCUACUUCUGGCCUCCCCACACCUCCUAGCACCUCAACCUUCUCCUUCCAGCCUACCUCCCUCAGAGAGGAGUUCCCCAUCCCCAUGUUGGUGGAUUCUCCUCCUUUUUUCUCACCACCCUCUCCUCCUCUUCCUGUCACUUCUGCCAGCACCCUUGUCUUCACCAGCCAGCCCAUCACUCCCACAACUGCAGCCACCACCUCCUCAAACUCCAUCUCUCAGCCUGUUUUGGAUCCUGACGUAACAGACAUGGACACCUCUCCCCCAUCACAGGCUGUCAUCUUCACAUCUCCUGCAGGCUCCGGUGUGAGGUCCCUCCCAACAGACAUGGACACCUCUCCCCAGUCACAGGCUGUCAUCUUCACAACUCCCCCAGGCUCUGGUGUGAGCUCCCUCCCACUUGCCAAGGACCAUGGCUGUGGAGAUAAGGUAUCCCCUGCAAAGGCCCCAGUCUCCACCAACCCACCAGCAUUUAUAGUCAGCUACCCUACCACAAGCUACAGUCUUCCGUUUGGCCCAAAAGCCACCCCUCAGCCCAUGUUUGGGGCUCUUGAUGGGCAUCAGCAGAGAGCCACCAGCCUAGCUCUGACUGUACCUGUAGCCAACUCCACGUCAGUAGGCAGUGCUUCUGCAGACUCUGCAAUCAAGCCUGAUUGUGAUGACAUGGAUAGCACACCUCCUUCCCAGGCUGUUAUCUUCCGGUCUUCCCCUGGCUCCAGGGACAGCUAUUUGCCGUUUCCUGCGGUCAUUUCUGGUUCUGGGAGCAUGCUGGUGAGUAGCAGCAUUGCGUCCAUCCCAGGUUCCACCAGCUUGCCUGUGCAGUUGGUGAGCAGCCCGACUGCAACUUUCAGACCUCCUUUUGCCCCAGGAGCCACCCCUCAGCCCACAUUUGCCAAAAGCACUCCAGGUCGGCUUGUGUUCAUGAGCUCUGCAGCCCCUGCUGGUAGUGGGAACUUUGUGGUCAAUGUGCCAGCCCCAGGUCCCAGUUCUACAACUGGAGCACUCAACUUUGGAGCAGGGCCAAGCUCUAGUGAUGCAGAGAAAGAGACAUCUCUUUUCCCGGAGAAAUUUAUAAGCAUGCAUGGGGGGUUGAAAGUCCUAUGUCAGACACCCUUAUCUGUUCUGCGCAUGUCUGAGCUCCUUAAGCGGGUUAGAUCCAGAUCCGUCAGGGAUUCUCCAGAGAGUCUGCAGAACAAGUUAGAGGAAGUGAGUGAUGUGGUGAAGAGGUGA